AUGGUCUUCACGAUCCCCGAACUUCCCAAGUACGAGCGCGGGUCAGUACACACAUCCUGGACGGAGGCGAUCUGGCUCUCUUUUAUGCUCCUCUCGGCGCAGAUUCGAGCGCAUUUGAGAAGAUUUCCAAGAAAAAAAAAAGACAAAAAAGCAAGGCUAACCACUAGUUUCCUGUCCCACAGCCGCCCCCUGCCGUCGGUCGAGGUUGCCUACCACUACAAGCUGCCCAACUGCCCCGGCAAGUCGUCGAUUGGCAUCCUGGUGACGUUUCCGCCCAACUCGGCGACGCCGCCGCACAAGCACGCGGGCGCGUCGGUGUCGGUGCUGGUGCUCGAGGGCAGCGUCAUCAACAAGAUGAACGACGAGGAGACGCAGGUGCUGACCAAGGGCGAGAGCUUCUUCGAGGCGCCGUGCUGCCACCACAAGGUCAGCAACAACUACAGCACCACCGAGGUGGCGAGGAUUCUGGCCACCAUGGUCGUCGACGACGAGGUCGUGGACAAGGGCGGAUAUGGCGCGCUGACGGUCAUUGAUGAGGAGUAUGCGGAUGUGAAGCUUUGA